UCCUUGUGCGUUGAGCCAACCCGUUCGUUGUCCUCUCUUCUACAGUAUAUUAGUACGGUAAGUCACAGCUGAACACUCCAAUUCCAUCACCGUCAACAUCCCUUCCAAGGAACAACGUCAUUAACGACCAUCCCUUAUACCGGUAUUGAAACAAUGGCUCCGCCAGAUCCAACCCUGACGGUGCUGCCUGCUGCUAUCCAAGAAAUUAUUGUCGUUUCCAUUAGCGACCUACACACAAUCCCGUUAUCCGAGGUACACAUCCCCUAUGGGGACAUCCUCAUCGUGGCCGGUGACCUUUCCGAAGGGCGUCCAGCACAACUCAUGCAGCGUCUGUCCGAGCUACUCGCUCUACCCCACGCACUCAAGGUAGUUAUUGGCGGUAACCAUGACCGUGCCCUCGACCCCAAGUGCGAUGCCCGUGACGCCGCGAUAUAUAACGACCUCUACGAGCGCCAGCAGUGCCGUGCAGCCUUCCGAGAAGCCAGGGAGUCCGGCAUCAUCUAUCUUGAAGAUGAGAGCACACAUGUGACAAUUGCUGGGCGUACAUUCAAGGUAUUCGGAUCACCUAAAUCAUUGGCUAGAUCGACCAAUACUGCUUUUGGAUAUUCGGAGGAUGAUGCCUUCUCGCUGUGGGACAUGAUACCCGCUGGUGUUGACAUCCUCGUGACCCAUGGGCCUCCGGCAGUGUACCUUUCUGAUGAUAAGAAUGGAUGUGAUGGGUUGCUGAACGCGCUUUGGAGGGUUCGCCCGAUGCUUCAUGUCUUCGGGCACGUGCACGCUUCGUAUGGGACGACUAAGCUCAGUUAUGAUGAUAUGCAGGUGUCCGAAGCCCAGAAUCUUAGGAGGCUUUCGGAAGCGCGAAAUCGGCGGAAGCCACAGGAAGCAGAAUCCCAGGGCCGAUACAUUCCGCCACAUCUUAGGUGCAAGAUGUUCGGUGGGUCAGCUGCUGCUACUUCACACCAAGUCUCCUCCGAUUUUCCAGCUGGGGCUCCAGUUGUUGAGGUGCCCGUUUUGGUUCAAGGACAAACGAGACUUAUUAAUGCUGCUGUUAAGACGCCAGGAACACCGCGGGGAGCAAUUGUGACCAAGAUACUGCAUUAACUAGGAAGCACCGUCUUGCGCUACUAGGUUAGUUCAUAAUUAUUCCCUUCGUGGUUUGGCUCGGUUUUCCGCCGCUUUGCUCUUUGCGGCUAGUAAUAUUCCUCUUAAAGGACUAUCAUUAACUCAUUAGAUAUCACAGCUCUGCCCAUACAUUAUUUCAACUUACUCUGGUCUGGCAGUGCUCCCCAGUUAAGGCUACCAGGUAGUUUUUUUUUUCUUUUCACUUUUGUGUUCUUUUCUCGUUCAAUAGUGUUUUAUUCCGGUGGCUUUGCUUUCUAUUUUUUCUUUCUGUCGUUGUGUUCUCUUUCUUCCUUCUCUUGCAAGCUGGGGAAUUAAAUUAAAUCCUUCAUCUCCACUUCACCACCCGUGAUUCCAACUAGUUUCCUAACCGUGAAAGUCACCUUCUUAAGGAAACAUCACAGCUUGUACCGUCCUUAUCCAGCAUUCUGGGCCGUGUUGGCAGGCGCCCUCGAUCGCCACUAUAUCACAGCAUCAGCAACGUAUUCUGUUUCUAUCUGACUAAUUAUCUGGGAUUGUUGCUCUUGUGAUAGUCAACCCCCCUGAGUAGCCUUCCAGAGUAGAGGGCUGUUGUUAGUCCAGGGUUUCAGACAAUCCUUUAGAAGCUCAUCCAUAAGGUUUAUCCUCCCCAGAAUAUCUUCGCUAUUCCUGACCCGAGAAGAUCGCGCGAUGGGGGCGUCUGAGGGGCUGAGGCUAGUUAGGUCAAAUUUAUUCACUCUGGGCACCCAAACCUCACCAACUUGAUCCAAGUUGGAGUUAGUGUUCCCAACCGUCCGGGGUGGUGAAAAUACAGGACGGGC